GAAACUAAACAUUUUGGUCCCUUUCCAGCUUCCGUAACCAGUCUAGUCAGGUGCUAGUAAGUAAACAGGAAGCAUAUGCGUUUUAUGCUGUGAGAGCUGCAAUUUACCUUGUGGAUUAUUGAAAGAUAUGGCACAGGACGCUUGGUUGACAAGAUAUGAUGCCAGUUGUCGUCUUGCACAAGAAAUUGCUGAAAAGAUCCACAAGCGUGAUCAACAACAGUUUAAGGGAGGAAAUUCAGCCAAGCUUAACUUUACAAUAAGAUCAUCCUUACAAAAUCUUCGAGAGCAAAUCAACCUGCUGAGGGAGUCCUUGAUGAGAGCUUCAUCUUCCCGCCAGAUAACACAUAUGGAAGCAAGCAGUAGGCAACAAUUAAUGGACAGUCUUCUGACAAGAGAAAAGCAGCUGCAAGCAUCAUUGGUGACAAAUCCUGAGUCGAACAGGUACAGUCUCACGAGUGGAAGGAGUGGCCCUGAUUCUUCUAACCCGUGGCUCGUGGAAGAAUCUGAAGAAACCCUAGACCUUGACUUCAGUGGGCUUAGGCAGCAGCAGCAGAGGAUCAUUGAAGAACAAGAUGCUGGCAUUGAUAUUCUGUCUACUGUGAUCGCUCGGCAGAAACAGAUGGGACUGGAUAUUGGAAAUGAACUGGAAGAACAGAGUGAGAUCAUUGACGACCUGGCACAUCUAGUGGACAAGACCGAUGACAAAAUUCGAAAUGAAACUAGACACGUCAAACUGGUGGAGAAAAAAUCAGCCUCAUGUGGAAUGUUGGUAACUAUCGUGUUGCUGCUUGUUGUAAUUGUGGUUGUUGCUGUGUGGCCAACUAGCUAAACCACAACUACAAAACUCUGAAGAUGUCUUAAACUACAGUCUUGAUGGAACAUGUAUACUGAGAUAUGAUGCUUUUCUUCUUCUCCUUUAUUUCUGUAUAAGACAAAUGUUUUAUACAAUGGUUAUGAGCAUCAAGAUUGAAGUAUUUUGUUGAAAAAUGCAGACAAUGCAAUUUUUUUUGUAUUAAUGUCGUGUGUCUGAAGACUGCUUAGUUGUGAUCACCUCAUUUGUGUGUUGACCAUGUAAGUGUGAGCUUGCUCUGGUUCUCUUCUGCAAUACUGCAGGACCAGUCUAAUAAUACCCAUUUCCUGUUUCAGUCAGUUUGCCAUUUGUCUUAGUCUCUUUGCUAUUUUGAAACCUGUUUCUUAGAUUUCACCUUUUGUGGUUUCUGAGGAUGCUUUACACAGAACUUUGUGCAUGAGUCUACUUGCCAAGAUUUAAACAACUUACCACUUCCAUACUCAGGGCUCCUUCUGACACUGGGGAAUCAUUAAUUCUGUAAUGUAUUUUACUGUUAAUUGCUUGUAACUUGCCAUUUAAUUUAAACUGUGAUCAUGUAACAUAAACUUGAAAAAAUAGCUUUUGAAAUUAAUUUUAAAAAUCGUGAUGACUCAGAAAUACACAAUUUUAGUAAUUAAACUUUAUAUUAUUACAUUGCAUUAAAUAUUACUCAUCUCUGUGUUUUGUUCUUUUUUUUGUUUGUUUUGUUAAUGUGCUGUUUGUAGAUUAAAAUAAUGUGCAAGGAAGUUGAAUGAUUUUUAUAACAGUUGUUCUUAAUGACUGCCAGUUUGUACAUUUGUCUGCCACUUGAUAUUAAAUUCCUUAUGAACGCGUGGCAUUCAUGAACUUUGUUGAAUGUUUCUGAAAGGUGUUUAGUGUCCUCAUGUUAGCUACCUGCUUUUAAAGCUCUCUUUGUUAAGUUACUUUAUCCUAUGAGCAUGAUAACAGAACCAUGAAUUGCAUUGUUUCUUACUUUUGGUUAUUUAUGUGCCUACUUUUUGAAUGGCAUUAUACUUAAAAAUGUAGCCCUCUAAUCGUUAUUUUACUGGCAGUCAUGUUCAUAUUUUUGACUAUAGAAAGUCAACAUUUUCAGAGCCAUAGAAGUUGCAAAAUGUAUUUGACUUGGAAAAAAGGGUGGCUUUGGGCUCUGAGAUUCCAUUUGGUGAAAUAUGAUUGUGAGCUAACUUCCUCUGUUGGUGAAAUAGAUAUAAAUGUGACAGUACUGGCCAUCACUGAAUAAAAGCACCUGAAUGAC